UAGGCACGUCUUAACUUCUUCAAUUAUUUUUUGAGUACUGAAAAAACAAUGACGUGUUGUCACUAUGCUACCAAAAGCCACCGUUUCGGCGUUGCCGGCAGUAGGAGGCACAGGAGCAGUGCCAAACGUUAUGGUCAGUGCAAGAAGAAUAUCAGACAAAGUAACAUCAAUAUUCGGCAUAAUGAAAUUCUGGAAAUUCAUUCUGUUUAUUCAAUGUUUUUAUAUAUGGAUUACUUAUUCCAAUGCAGAGACCUAUAAAGUCACCUCACAAGUCUUCUUGGAUGUCUCUCAUGAUGGAAAAGAUUUGGGGCGAAUUGUAAUUGGAUUGUUUGGUGAGAAUUCUCCAAAAACUGUGAGAAACUUCCGUAAGAUUUGCUUGAAAGGGAUUAAUGGAAAAUCUUACAACGGCACAACAUUUCAUCGAAUUAUCAAGAAAUUCAUGAUUCAAGGAGGAGACAUCAUCAGUGGCAAUGGCCAAGGAUCUGCGAGCAUUUAUGGCGAUUCAUUUGACGAUGAAAAUCUCGAUCUCUUGCACUCCGGCCCAGGAUUUAUCGGCAUGGCAAAUCGAGGCCCAAAUACGAACGGCUGCCAGUUUUAUAUCACAACAGUGGCAACGCCUUGGCUGAACGGGAAGCACACAAUCUUCGGGAAGGUCGUGGAAGGACAAGGUAUUGUCCAUGAUAUUGAAAGGGUGAAAACCAACACGAAUGAUAUUCCUGUAAAGCCAGUGAGAAUCGUGAGGUGUGGAAAUCUUCGCAUGAAACAAAGUUACACAAUUUCCGAUGAUCCUUAUGAUCUUGCAGCGUGGAUAAAGGCUUCAGGAGUGCCGCUGGGAAUGUCCUUUUCAAUUUUGGCGUUUUUUCAUUGGGUAAUUCGUCGACUCAACCGUUACAUUUAAAAAGGGAUAAAAA